CAAAGCACAAAAGUAUCAGAAGCAACAGCUGUAGCAGAGGUAAUGAUCGUAGGUGAUGCAGUAGAGAAUACAGAAGUGAAGAUUCUCGCACUAACAAUUCUGAGGGCUUUAUCAGUGACUUGCUCUGAAACAGCUAGAAGCAGCAAACAUUUAGAAAUAUCAGAAACCGAAGAGAAGAAAACACAGGAAAAGGAAAAAGAGAAAAAGGAAAAUAGGAAAAAAGGACAGCGUAUCUUCCCCCAAGAUGAUAAAGAAGGAAAAAAGUUGCCAGCUGAGAAGACACCACAUCAGAAUUCUUCAUUUGUAAGCCUGCAGAGUAGUAUGUUUUCCCAGAAGAAAAAUGCAGUGGCUCAGCGAAUAUCAUCAGCAAGACUUCACAAAAUUAAAGAGCUGAAGAAUGAAAUAUUUGAUUUACAACACCAAUUAGAAGCAUCAAGCUUAGAAAACCGUGUUUUGAAACAGCUUCAGUGUCGACACAUGAAAGCAAUAGGUAGAUAUGAAAAUUCAGGGAGUAACUUGCAGGAUCUUUUAGCAAGGCAUUAUGAUGAAGUGAGAUCUUUAAGGAAACUCCUGAGGAUGUCUCAGGAGGAUGAGAGAAAUACAUCCAGGAAGCUCAGAAAAGUUGAAGCAGAGCUGCUAAAAGCUAAAGAUGCUUUGCAGGCCUUGCAUCUGAUUUCAGAAGACAAAGCUCUUGCAGAGAGAGAGGAACUUAAUCACAGAUUAUCAGUCCUUACAGAAAAAAUGGAAGUGAAUGAUAAAAGAAUACAGAGCCUAGAAAAGCAGCUGAAGUUGAACAAUAACAUCUUUAGUCGUCAGUUGGCAAAUGAGAACAAAAAAGCUGUGGAAGCUGGGAUAAUUACAAAGAACUUGCAAAUGGAAAUUAACUCUCUUCACCAAAAAAUUAAGGAAAAGGAUCGACAGCUUUAUGUAAAAAAUAUCUAUGCAAACCGGAUGCGUAAAAUCCCAAGUGACAAAGGUGAUUCAGAACCUCCUGAAAAAAGUCUUGGUAUAAACAGGUCAGUACAAGUAGAUAAACAGAGGUUUAGAUCACUGCUGCUGUCACAGUACCAAACUCAGGAAACAGAAGAAAGUCCCAUUCAGCUAACAAAGGAGAAAAAGUCUUCCGAAGAUAAGAGUCAAAAAGCUGAAGCAAAUGAGGCAGAUGCAGAUGCCCAAUGUAGGGCAGAAAAGCAAUCAACCAAGAAAAUACCAAAGCCAGAAACUUUUAAUAGAACACGUAGAGAGUAUUUGAGGGAGGGCAGACUGCUGAUGGAAGAACACACUUGCUUGGAAUUUAUGAAGGAAGAAAAGGAGAGAGAUUUGCUUAAACGGGAGCUGGAAACACUGAUGAAAACUGAACAAACUCCUCCAAGUGGCAGUGUAAAAGAGAACAAUAAAGAGGAAGGUGCAGUGGAAGAAAAUGAAAAAGAAGAAAAAAAGCCAGAUGAAGAGCUGAAUAAUGGUGGUAAGUCAGGGAGCAAACGUGUAACCCCCAGUCCAAGAAACAAAACAUUCAUUGGGCUGAAAAAUAAAUACAUAUUCUCAGAAGCCACGGAGAAUUUGCAUCAUGGGCUUCCUACGUCAGGUGCAAAACCCAAAAAAGGCAGUCUUUGCAACCAUCGAUGUGCAGGUCAGGACCGCAGUGAGACAGCUGAAUCCAAAGUGAAAAAUGCCUUUGAAAAUAUGAAAUAUGAACCGUCUUCUGGUAGAGUCGCCGAAACAAGGCGGAAGGCCAGUUCCACUGAAGCGGAAGGCUGCGCUUGUAUGACAUUUGCUGACAGAAAAAACAGUCUCACGAAAGAACUCUUUGGACCAGGCUGUGUUUAAAGAGAUGACCGUUCAAGUUCUGACAUGGGAGGAAUGAAGAACGAGAAGUGA